AUGGCGACGAGGCGCGGGACGGCGGAGGAGGUCGGGGACGGCGCGGGAAGGCGGCGGAGGUCGGGGACGGCGCGGGAAGGCGGCGGAGAUGGCCGGCGUCGGGCGACGGAGCAGAGGCGCUCCGGCGGAGGACGGGACGGUGGCGCGGGGUUGGGUGACGGCGGCGGCGGGGCGCCGGCACGGGGGCGGCCGGGGCUCGCGUCUCCGGCGACGAGGGGCGGGGCACGAGGCGCGCACGGAGGCGGCGGCGACCAGCGGCGGAUUGGGGAGCCCGGGCGGCGCGAGGUGGUGGUGGUGGCCGGCGAUGGCGGCGGUGGGAGGCGCGCGGGCUCGUCCGGGCCCUGA